UUCAACCCCCUCCCCCCAGCCAAUCAAUCUCCGUUUGCAACUUGCUCCCGACUCGAUCCAACUGCAUCGUUUCUCCGUUGAUCCAUCGUCCGAUCGAUCGGUCUUCUUAGAGAGAGAGAGAAAAAUACUCAAAGGAAACGGCGAGCCGCAGGGAUGAGCGGGCACGAUUCCAAGUACUUCUCCACCACCAAGAAAGGCGAGAUCCCUGAGCUCAAAGAAGAACUCAAUUCUCAGUACAAGGAUAAAAGGAAAGAUGCUGUUAAGAAGGUGAUUGCUGCCAUGACUGUUGGCAAGGAUGUAUCUUCACUGUUCACGGAUGUUGUGAACUGCAUGCAAACUGAAAAUUUGGAGCUUAAGAAGCUCGUAUAUUUGUAUCUCAUUAACUAUGCAAAAAGCCAACCUGACCUUGCGAUACUUGCUGUAAACACUUUUGUGAAGGAUUCACAGGAUCCAAAUCCUUUAAUUCGUGCAUUGGCUGUCCGCACUAUGGGAUGCAUUCGUGUUGACAAGAUCACGGAGUAUCUGUGUGAUCCUCUCCAGAGAUGCCUUAAGGACGAUGAUCCUUAUGUUCGCAAAACAGCUGCUGUUUGUGUUGCUAAACUUUACUACAUAAAUGCUGAGCUUGUUGAAGAUAGAGGAUUUCUUGAAGCUCUGAAGGAUUUGAUUUCGGACAACAAUCCCAUGGUUGUGGCAAAUGCCGUGGCAGCACUAGCAGAGAUCCAAGAAAGCAGCAGCAAACCCAUAUUUGAGAUCACCAGCCACACACUGGCAAAGCUCCUCACUGCUAUGAAUGAGUGUACUGAAUGGGGUCAAGUGUUCAUAUUGGAUGCUCUUUCCAAGUACAAGGCAGUGGAUGCUCGUGAAGCAGAAAAUAUUGUGGAACGAGUUACACCUCGUCUUCAGCAUGCUAAUUGUGCAGUUGUGCUGUCAGCUGUAAAGAUGAUUCUCAUACAAAUGGAACUUAUUACCAGCACUGAUGUGGUUCGGAAUCUCUGCAAGAAAAUGGCUCCUCCCCUUGUGACUCUACUAUCUGCAGAACCUGAGAUCCAGUAUGUUGCACUGCGAAACAUCAACCUCAUUGUGCAAAGGCGGCCAACCAUUCUUGCACACGAGAUUAAGGUAUUCUUCUGCAAGUACAAUGAUCCAAUUUAUGUGAAGAUGGAAAAGUUAGAGAUCAUGAUUAAGCUGGCUUCUGAUCGCAACAUUGAUCAGGUUCUCUUAGAGUUUAAAGAGUAUGCUACAGAAGUAGACGUAGACUUUGUAAGGAAGGCUGUGCGAGCUAUUGGGCGUUGUGCCAUAAAGCUGGAGAGAGCAGCUGAACGUUGCAUUAGUGUUUUGCUUGAGCUGAUCAAAAUUAAAGUAAACUACGUUGUUCAAGAAGCUAUUAUAGUCAUCAAAGACAUUUUUAGAAGAUAUCCUAACACCUAUGAGUCUAUCAUUGCUACAUUGUGUGAGAGCCUAGAUACUCUAGAUGAGCCUGAGGCUAAGGCUUCAAUGAUUUGGAUAAUUGGUGAAUAUGCAGAAAGAAUUGACAAUGCUGAUGAGCUCCUUGAGAGCUUUUUAGAGAGUUUCCCUGAAGAGCCUGCACAAGUACAAUUGCAGUUGCUGACUGCAACAGUCAAGCUUUUUCUCAAGAAGCCUACUGAAGGCCCACAGCAGAUGAUUCAGGUUGUUUUGAACAAUGCCACAGUAGAGACUGACAAUCCAGAUUUGCGGGAUCGUGCUUAUAUAUAUUGGCGCCUACUUUCAACUGACCCAGAGGCUGCCAAGGAUGUUGUACUUGCAGAGAAGCCUGUGAUCUCUGAUGACUCGAACCAACUUGAUUCUUCUCUUCUCGAUGAACUUUUGGCUAAUAUUGCCACUCUGUCUUCCGUGUAUCACAAAUCACCAGAAGCAUUUGUAACUCGUGUGAAGACUACCCAGAAAACUGACGAUGAUGAUUUUGUAGAUGGGGGUGAAACAGGGUAUUCUGAGUCACCUUCUCAAGGUGUUGAUAGUGGUGCAUCACCGUCAUCUGUUGCAGCCAGACAACCAGCACCAGCUCCGGCACCAAUGCCAGAUUUACUUGGCGAUUUGAUAGGGCUCGAUAAUAAUAGCAACACUGCCAAUGCUAUUGUUUCGGUUGAUCAGCCUACUGAACCUGUUGGACCUCCGUUGCCGGUUUUAUUACCUGCAACUACUGGACAAGGUUUACAGAUAAGUGCACAACUUGUACGGAGAGAUGGACAAGUAUUUUAUAGUAUGUUGUUUGAGAACAACACACAGAAUAUCCUUGAUGGGUUUUUGAUUCAAUUCAAUAAGAACACGUUUGGUCUUGCUGCUGGAGGCCCACUCCAGGUUCCACAAUUGCUACCUGGGUCAUCAGCUAGGACUCUUCUACCCAUGGUCUUAUUCCAGAAUAUAGCUCCAGGCCCUCCGAACACCGUCCUUCAAGUCGCUAUUAAAAAUAACCAGCAACCUGUUUGGUACUUCACCGAUAAACUACCUCUGCCUGUAUUCUUCACCGAGGAUGGAAGGAUGGAGCGUUCUGCUUUUCUAGAGACAUGGAAAUCACUACCGGAUACUAAUGAAGUCUCAAAGGACUUGCAAGGGUCGGUUAUGAACAGCGUGGAAGCAACACUGGACCGUCUAGCAGCAGCCAACAUGUUCUUCAUAGCAAAACGCAAGAACGGAAACCAGGACGUGCUUUAUCUUUCUACGAAGAUUCCUCGAGGAACACCUUUCUUAAUCGAGCUCACAGCCGCCAUUGGAAUACCCGGGAUCAAGUGUGCAAUCAAAACUCCAACACCCGAAAUAGCUCCACUCUUUUUCGAAGCCAUAGAGACUCUACUCAAAGUCUGAUGAUUCUUAAUGAUAUGAUCCUAUUCCAGGUUUGAGUUUUGUUUUCUCAUCUAUUAUUAUUGUUAUUAUUAUAUGAUUUGUUACAGUUUGAGAACUGCAUUCAACUGAAUAUGCCUUACCUUCAAAUUUGUGUAGAUUUUUUUGGGUUGUAAAACAGGAUCAAUUUAUAAUAAUCUGUUGUUAUAAAAGAUACCUCUAUUAUUUUUAUAAGAAUUAAUUAUUGUUUGAUGAA